AUGCAUCCUCCACUCUCGCCAAUCUAUUCUUUCCUCGUUCUUGCCUGCGUUGUCGCUGUUAGCGCUCAAGACUAUGGAUUCUCAACAUGCUUGAAAAAGCUGAAUGAUACCAUGUACGGAAACAGGACCGAGGGUGGGCUCAACAACGAGACUGUUCUAGACUAUCUCUGGGAUGGACCAAUUCAAGGGUUGACGGGUAAAAGUCCCAAUGUAACCCUUGGGUAUGAGGGAUGCCUCAAGGUCUGUGGCGGGCGGACCGAUUCCGUUUCUGCUAGGUCAGCUCUUGAGAUGGUGACGACAUGGAUCUUUCCUCUGGCUAUCAUCUUCAAUCUUCCCUUCGACUCGCUUCACCGUAAAAAGAUCUUUGGAACCCUCAAAGCGCUGAUAAACUGGGCGGGUUCUCCACAGACAGCCCUGACACACACCAUCUGGAACGUGCGGCAGAUCAGGCAUUGUCAUCUCAUGGCAAAGUCAAGAAACAUCUUGCACAAAGACGCUUUCUUUGUCCUGAGUUGCUUGGGCCAGUUUGAACUUCCUGACGACGACAGGUUCUACACAGCACUCGCUUACGGCCUCUUCAGGCCCCUGACUCAAUCCAACAGGCAGCCUGACCGGGAUCAGAAGUACACGGCGGAGCUUCUGUCGAUGGUAGCGUUUCAAUUGCGUAUGCUGAGACGUCGCGGUGUUGUUCCAACUCUUGCUAGUCUUGGGACUUUCAUUGCCGCCUUUGUGUUCUCCAUUGUGCUUGCAUUUCACCAAGAUGUGGGCAGCCGGACAGGAUCGCCUCUUACCCUUGGUCUAUUGUAUUGCUGGCUGCCUAUGCUGGUCAUCUUUACGAUUAUUGACCGCAAUCCUGUAUCAGCAGAUCGUUCAGCGGCUCUAAUGUCUCGUUGGUUGUUUAACGUAGACGCUGUUUUGAACUUUGCGCAAGACGCUGGAGCUGACUUGGACCUCAUGCGAAAGCCCGAAUGGUGGUCACGCGAUACGUCAGAGGAUGACAUGAGCGUGUUCAGAAUCAAAGAGUUCAUCGGACAAGGCCGCAAGAUACAGUACUGUGGACUCGCCUACACGACGAUUGAGACCUGGGAAAAUCAUAGUCCUCGCUUGGGCAGAGAUCUUAACGAAUACACAGCUUUCUCGCAGGAGAUACUGAAGAGUCUCAAGGGACCGCCACCAGCACAGUGGUACGCGACGGCAAUGGCUUCGUUUUCCUUGGUUCUGCUUGAGGUCAUGAUGGCGUUCUUGAUUGCUUACUGCACGCCAACUUUCGGCCUGGGCUGCUGGUCUGUGAGCCUGCUCCUCUAUGGUGUGUUGAGCUCUUUUACCUGGACGUAUCACCUCUUCAGCAAAGCUCCGGGGAAAAAGGGGCGAAGAGCCUGCACCGUGUUCAAUUUUCUUGCUUUUGCUUGGCUUGCGACUCUCACAGGUCUGGUGAACUUUGACAUGCUCGGCCCUUGGAUUACCGCCUCAGCUGUCGGUGGAUCGGUUCCCGGUCUGGUGCUAAUAGUGGCGAUUUUCUGGUGGAAGAGAUGCCAGCAUUUGUGGUCGACGCAGGAGACGGGGCCGUUGCAGGACUUUGAACUUGGCAAUGUUAACUCUAGGGCUGACGCUUCAUGGUUGGUUGCUUAG